AUGAAUUUCGACUCGGGCACCGCCUACGCGGAAUCUGACGCCGACGACGAGUACGAGAGAAGCCUGCACACCGGCUCCCCUGUUCUGGUCACCGACUCUGAGAUUUCUCCUACCGAUUCCGAGGGCCGUUCAUCCACCGAACACACACCUACUACUUAUGGUCACCGCAGCAGUGCCGAUAGGUUACCAGAGACCAUCAUCUCUGAAUGGACCGCCGAGGAGUGCGCCGACUUUAUUGCUACGAUUGGACUAGGACAGUACUCAGAUCGCUUCAUUGAAAACGAGAUUGUUGGCGAAGCCUUAAUAGCUCUCCUACAUGAUGAUCUCAAAUCAAUGGGAAUUGCCAGUGUCGGCCACAGACUGACCAUUCUGAAAAGUGUCUACGAUGUUAAGAAGGCACAGGAUGUCCCAGUCGAGAGCGACCACUACCUGCCUCUCUCCGCCGAUGCAGAGGCUCAGUAUGCGACAGCCACGCUAAAGGACAUCAAAAAUCUUGUUGAGCAGCUGCGCCUACGAGACGAGCGAAUGAGUCUGGUCGAACAGGACUUGCAACGACUGACAGAAGAUUACCGACGAUUACGGGAGGACAUGCUACCAGCCUUGCGCUUGGCUAAAAAUGCACAACAACCUCUGCCAAACGUAAACAGUCGGGACAACCAGGGAUACUCUUAUGAAUCAUCAACCAUCUCGCCGCCUGCGCCUACACCGUCCUCGACUCAGCCUGGAGGAGGGUUGAUGAGGCAGUACUCGACCAAGAAGCUGAUUCUGGGUACGACACCUAAGAACAUGUCUCCUAGUCAUCUUCAGGUCACUCAUGAGCGGCCCUCGGUAGAACAAACCCUUGACCCGGCUAGUGCCGCUGAGAGGGCUGUCCUUUCUUCCUCACAUCUCGCCGCCAUGAAUGGUUCUGGUGCCGCCACGUCACCUGGCUAUUCUCCCAAUAUGCCGUCGCCCACAUCGCCGCCAACUAUGGGAGGCGGUACUCUUGGCUCCAGAUCAUAUCGCUCCGACCAACCGACCCCUUCGAAUCGCACGACUUUUUCCGAAAACGACCACUAUGGCUCGAAACAACCAGCACCCCCGCGACGUCUACAAACACCUGCCCCCGACACCCCCGGCUCGAGCUCAGCUUCUGUGGAAAUUUUCAAAUCGUUCAGAGUUAGCAUGGAUGACCCUUGUUACAAGGUCUUACCGGCAGCUCUCAAGAAGUAUCAGAUCAACGAGCCUUGGGAUAAAUACGCAUUAUACAUUGUCUAUGGUGAUCAAGAGCGGUGUCUCGGUCUGGACGAGAAGCCUUUGAUCCUAUUCAAGCAGCUCGACAAGGAAGGCAAGAAGCCCAUGUUCAUGUUGCGCAAAACCAAUACAGCCUCGGCCGACGUAGAAACACCCGGCAGCGCUGGACUGAAUUCUGGACGGGGUGUGGCCUACGAUCCCCCUGGCGGUAUAAUAUGA